GGUUUGACACCUCUAGCUUGUAUGUUUCCCGCGGUUUCCAUCAAAAAAUAAACUAAGGAAAAGCGGCAAAAUUUUACAAGAAGAACAUAAGGAAACGCUUGAAUAUGCCCGCCGGCACUAUCCACACACCAAGCAGUAAAACUAAUACCAAAGAUGCGGUUCAGAAACCAGCGGAGCGCACUUGCACCACUGGCAGCGGUGGCAAGAAGCUGGUCCAGACACGUCUCCCCUUCAAGCUGAUCACCCCGGUUGCAUCAACGACAGCAGCAGCCACCUCCACGUCUUCCAGUACCAGGGCCCAGCCCGAUGGCGAUGCCCUGACAUCGGAGGAGCCUCCGGCACAGGAGCCACGCAAGCGCAGGCUCUCGUACAGCGAAGAAAAGAGCAGCAGCGAUGACACCCCGCAACUCGAUCAGCAGCGGCGCUCCAACAGCAAAGAGAACCUGGCCGUGGGCGCGGCUGUGGCUGUGGGAGCUGUCAAGAAGCCGAAGAUCUUGGAAGUGCUGGCCAUGGCCGAGGAAAUCAUCGAGCUGGACGACGAUGACGACGCAGACGAGGACAUUGAUGAGAAGGAGCAGAAGGAGGAGAAAAAAACUUCAGCGCCAGCGCCAGCUGGUGCCAAAGCAAAGAUUCAGAUCAAGCCGAAGGCCAAGCCGAGGCCCAGGGAGAAGGCCACUACAUCGCCCAUACAAAUCAAGCUGCCGCUGCUGAGCAAACGCGGCUCCAAGCGGCGCAAGUCCGCCAAGAUUCCGGAGGAGGCAUCCGCCAAAGAGGUUGCCCCCCAAGUGGUGCCAGUCAGCGAGAGCGACUCGUGUGAUGAUGUGGAACGCAUUGCCGAGAAGGUGCAUUCCCCAAAGCGGCUGAAAGUGAUGCUGCCCAAAAGCAAGAAGACUGAUCCAGAUCCAGAUCCAGCGGCAGAGAAGUGCAAGAAAGAGGAGGCGACACAGGCAAAGACAGUGGUAAACGGCAAGAGGGAGCUUGAAACGGUGGAGCAAAGCAAGGAGGAGGUGCUGAAUGCUGUGGAGAAGAUCACGGCGGAGGUUGUACAAACUGUGGAAGAGAUUACGGAGCAGGAGAAGAUCAAGGAGCAGAAGAGCAAAGGGGAGAAGGCAGAAACGAAGGUCAAAGAUGCCCAAACAUUGGCAAGCUCCAAGAAGGGGGAUCAGCAAAAGGCCGAAAAGAACAACAAGUCACCGAAAGCCAAGAAACAGGACCCCAAAUCGGACUCCCCCCUGGAGAAGGACGUCCGAAAAGAGGAUCUCGAUGCGACAGGAAAGAGAAAAACGUUGGAUCAACCAACAAAAAAGGCGCUGGACCAGCGGCCAGACCAGCCAGGACGAUUCGCCCGACGAUGA